AUGAUCUCCUGCGACGACCUUCAAACCUCUUCAUCGUACUCAUCGAACGAUACUUCAUAUUCCAGUGGAUCGAUGUCCAAUCGCACUCCUAAGAAGGCUACCUCCGCAAGCUCUGCAUUGUUCUCAACCACGGAACUGAUGCAGAAAGAUCUGAAGAGAGAUUUUGACGGGCACACGUACGACCAAGUCACAGUUGCAGAGUUUGUCGAGCAUGUAUGGAAGUUGGAUUUGGCAACGAUGAAAAGGAUCACAGAAGCAAAACUCCAACUUCUCCAAGAUCCUCUCACCAGAUAUCAAGACGUAUUGACGCCGGGAAAGAACUUCAAAGAAGUAAACCUUCAUGAACCAUUGCGCCAGAUGGCUAGGGGUCUGCUCAAAGAUGUUUGCGAUAUACUUUCCAUCGAGCAUAGCAAACUUGUUACAUACUUCUGGGACGGUGCUGGGAUGGUAACCUUUCGCAGUGAAGACAAAGAUACCUCCAAAGCUCGAAUCAGGAAACCUGAUAUGCUCGAAGUUUACAUUCCUCUUACCGAAGACGGUUUGCCAUCCCUGGAUCCAGACGAGUCCCCACUCCCGUCAAAUGCCCUCAAACCCGCCUGGAGGGAUGUUCGUGCUUCUGUUGAAUUCAAGAAGAAGAAGAUUGAGGAUGGGGUAAGACGAACUUCUCCAGAUCUUCCCUCCAUUCCGGAGCAUAGGGUGUCUGCCGAAGCUAAGGAACUCAACCCUGCGGGAGGAUCUGAAUCGACUUCUACUACCGGAACUGGAAGACGACCCAGGAGAAACACCAGGCCACGGAACAGUAGACGCCAGACGCCCACCAAUCCGUCGGAUUCACGAGCAUCCUCCGUUGAAAGUGUUGAUACAGGAUCUAAACGUUCUGCGAGUUCAUUGACUGACGAUAACCGGCCAACAAAGAGGGCUCGUAUCAACGUCUCCAUGGAUGAAAUGCAGCUUGCGACAUAUGCUCUCGAGUGCCUUUUUGUCGGGAAUCGGCAUUACACAACUGGGAUAUUUAUCGAUGGAUUCUUUAUCAAGCUUUGGUACUAUGAUCGAAGCGCUGUGAUGUGCACCGAGGCAUUCAACUUCAGUACUCCAAGCGGUACCAUUGAUCUGGCACUGGUACUUUUUACUUUAGGUCAAUGUAACAUGCAGCAAGCAGGUUUUGAUCCCUAUUUGCACCAAAUCACACUUCCUAAUAACGGACAGUUUAUCGAACCGCAAUCUGUCACUCCGUUACUUAGACCACACUCCGACGACACUCAACUAUGUUACAAGUUUCCUGAUCCUACAUCCCCGAACGAUCGCGUUUUCACUGUUCACAAAACCAUUUCCCAGUAUAAGGGAAUUAUUGGUCGCGGCACGACCGCUAUUGUCGGCAAACUUGGCUCUGUUGGAGGCGUGCUGUCGGAUAAUCUUCACGUUCUUAAAAUGAGCUGGCAAUAUUCCACAAGACGACACGAAGGCGACAUUAUUCAGCACUUGAGGAAGGCUCUACCAGCCUGGAUCGACCAUCUUCCUGAUCCUGUUUUCUACACCACUGUAUCAGGCGAUGACCUCGGCCUCCCAUCACGCACUAUGCGUAGAAUCCUCGAGGAGUCGAACAGAACCUCCCUCGAUUCAAAAAAUGAUCGAGAUCUUCAUGUUAUUGUGACAAAUCGCUUCAAGAACAUCUGGCAAGCUAAGGAUGUCGACGAGUUCAAGCGUAUCUUCCUUGACUGCCUUGAAUGUCACUAUCAUACCUACCAUACUGGACGGGUUAUUCACCGGGAUAUCAGCGAAAACAAUCUCAUGAUUUAUCAACCUGGCGUUACAGACAAGGAUGACAACAAGGAUUCAGACAAUUCUGACCAUGACUCCGACCCCAAGGAAUCUGUCGAGGUGGAGGGCAGUUCCUCUCCACCACCACCUGCAGCUAGAGGCAUUCUCAACGACUUCGACAUGGCUGCGGUAUUAAACCCAGAUGGCGGAAUUGAUCUAGCAAGCACGCCCCAUCAUCAUCUCACCGGAACGCUUCCCUUUAUGGCUGUCGAUCUAUUAGAACCUUCUCGUCCACAAAACCCACUGGAUUCAUCAAACAUCCACCAUUAUCGCUACGAUCUGGAAUCAUUCUACUAUUUUUUAAUAUGGGCCACGAUAUUGUAUGAUCUCAAGGCCGGUCGUCGGGUCGCUCCAAAGGAGAAAUCUCUUUUAUACCGGUGGAGCAAGGGCGAUGAAAUUUCUGCUUAUCAUGCCAAAGUGUCUCUGCAUUCGCGCGACUUCGAAAAAUACGCAGCUGAUGUCCGCCCAGAGUGGAAAGAUGUCUGGGACACAUGGGUUGUGCCACUGUCCAACAUGUUCAUUGACGGGAUGCAAGCGCAAACCAAUGCCGCACGCCGCAAGGUAGCCAGUUUUGAUCACGCUACUUGCGACGGUCAUAUUACCUUUGAGAAAUUUAUGUCUGCUAUCGGGGAGACUGAGCGUGGGUUGACCAAACAAGCGUCUUGA